ACCACGCUGAAAAUCAAGAGGCGAUGUCCGACAGAAUGCAUUGAUGGUGUUAGGAAAAAGCGAACGUGAUCCUGUUUGGUGUCGACACGUUUAAAUCUUCGUAUUUCUAAGUAGGUCUGAGAGUCACGCGUAUUUAGUUGGUACGGUUGUUUCCGAGAGGGUUGUGCGCAAAGCAGAGAGCGCGAAGAGGCUCCUUCGUGUGAGUCUCUGCCAUACGUUCAGCUCGCUUGUCAGUGCUAUGGGUGCUUUGUAAGAGAACUAACGGAUGCACUUGGGGAUAUAUGUUUGGAUUUCGGCUCAUUUUCCGUUGCAAAUGCAAAAGGAAAUAUGCCGCAAAGCUUGGCCUUACUCCUUAUCAGUUUGAUUGGGUUGUGUUCAUGUACAGGUUUCCCAAGUAAUAUCAACAUAGGGGGUUUGUUCCCAACCGAUUCUCACGAAUAUGAGGUUUUUCGAUUCGCGCUCUCUCAGCACCAAGAAGUCCCUAAACUGGUACCGCAAGUAGACAUGGUUGAUACCGGGAGCAGUUUUGCCAUGACAUACGCAUUUUGCUCCCAGUUCUCCAAAGGAGUCUACGCCAUCAUCGGCCUGUACGACAAGAAGACCAUGAACAUGCUGAUGUCCUUCUGCGGGGCUCUGCACGUCUGCUUUGUCACACCCAGCUUCCCCAUCGACACCAACAACCAGUUUGUGAUCCAGCUGCGGCCUGAGCUACAGGAUGCUCUCAUUGCCCUCGUGGACCACUACAAGUGGACCAAGUUUGUCUACAUGUACAGCUCCGAAUCAGGUCUGACUGUUCUACAGAAGAUCCUGGACACUGCAGCAGAGAAGAGCUGGCAGGUGACAUCCAUCAACUUUGACACUCUCACAGAAGCAGCCUUCCUGAAAGCCAUCCAGGACCUAGACAACAAGAAGGAGUACAAGAUCAUAUUGGACUGUGAGCUGGAGAGGCUUAACUCCAUCCUUAACCUGAUUGCAGCACAAAGAAAGAACUUGAAGAAUUACCACUUUAUAAUGGCAAAUCUGGGUUUCCUGGACAUGAACUUCACUGAGUUUAGUAAAGGUGGUGCCAACGUGACAGGCUUCCAGCUGAUGAACUACACAGAGCCCAUGGUUAGCAGGACCAUACAGGACUGGUUGGAGUUUGACAGCAAAGACCUAAAGAGUCCUAAGAGAAGGCUUAAGUAUACGGGAGCUCUGACCUAUGAUGGCGUGAGCAUCAUGGCCACAGCCUUCCAAAACCUCAAGAAGCAGCGAAUCGACAUCUCUCGCCGAGGGAAUGCAGGCGAGUGCCUGGCCAAUCCGCCGGCGCCCUGGGGUCAGGGCAUCGACAUCCAGAGGGCCUUGCAGCAGGUGCAGUUGGAAGGCCUAACCGGCCAUGUCCAGUUCAAUGAGAAAGGGCAUCGGACGAACUUUACAGUCAGUGUCAUGGAGCUUGGCCCAAAUGGGCCCAAAAAGGUGGGCUACUGGAAUGAGAACGAGAAGUAUGUGAGCACCGCGACGUCUGUCCACUUGCUCAACAUCACAGUCGGCCUGCAGAACAGGACGUAUAUAGUCACCACUAUUCUCGAAUCCCCGUACGUGAUGCUGAAGAAGAACCACGAACAGUUUGUCGGGAACGACAAGUAUGAGGGCUACUGUGUGGAGCUCGCCGCAGAAAUCGCCAAGCACGUGGGCUACCAGUACCGCCUGGAGCUUGUCUCGGAUGGCAAGUACGGAGCCCGAGAUCCCGAUACCAAAAUGUGGAACGGCAUGGUCGGCGAGCUAGUGUAUGGGAAAGCAGACGUGGCUGUGGCUCCACUCACCAUCACGCUGGUGCGGGAGGAGGUCAUCGACUUCUCCAAGCCCUUCAUGAGCCUGGGCAUCUCCAUCAUGAUCAAGAAGCCUACCAAGUCCAAGCCGGGCGUGUUCUCCUUCCUGGACCCGCUGGCCUACGAGAUCUGGAUGUGCAUCGUGUUCGCCUACAUCGGCGUGAGCGUGGUGCUCUUCCUGGUGAGUCGCUUCAGCCCCUACGAGUGGCAUGGCGAGGAGACGGAGGAGAGCGGAGAGCAGCAGGGACGCACGGGCACGCCCUCGCCCGAGGCCACUGGCCGCUCGCCGUCGCAGGGCCGACGCGCCCAGAGCCCCGCGCAGCAGGACAAGCAGGAGAAGCCACCCGAGCACACCAAUGAGUUUGGCAUCUUCAACAGCCUGUGGUUCUCCCUGGGGGCCUUCAUGCAGCAAGGCUGUGACAUCUCGCCCAGGUCACUCUCUGGUCGAAUAGUCGGGGGUGUCUGGUGGUUCUUCACCCUCAUCAUCAUCUCCUCAUACACGGCUAACCUGGCUGCCUUCCUCACCGUGGAGAGGAUGGUGUCACCCAUAGAGAGCGCUGAAGACCUGGCCAAGCAGACAGAGAUUGCAUAUGGGACCUUGGAUGGAGGAUCCACCAAAGAAUUCUUCAGAAGAUCAAAGAUAGCCGUGUUUGAGAAGAUGUGGUCCUACAUGAAGUCUGCGGAUCCCUCUGUGUUUGUGAAAACCACUGAUGAGGGUGUCGUGAGAGUGAGGAAGUCCAAGGGGAGGUACGCAUACCUGCUGGAGUCCACCAUGAACGAGUACAUCGAACAGCGCAAGCCCUGCGACACCAUGAAGGUGGGCGGCAACCUGGACUCUAAGGGAUACGGAGUGGCCACGCCCAAAGGAUCCGCCUUAAGAAUCCCCGUAAACCUAGCGGUGUUGAAGCUCAAUGAGCAAGCCGUCUUAGACAAACUGAAAAACAAAUGGUGGUACGAUAAAGGCGAGUGUGGAAGCAAGGACUCCGGAAGAAAGGAUAAGACCAGUGCCCUGAGCCUCAGUAACGUGGCUGGGGUCUUCUACAUUCUCAUUGGAGGACUGGGGUUGGCCAUGCUGGUGGCCUUGGUCGAGUUCUGUUACAAAUCCAGAAUCGAGUCUCGGAGAAUGAAGCAAAUCAUUGAUGCAGCCAUGCUGGGCUCCACCUUGACGCACAUGGGCAGCGGCGGGGAGAACGGGCGUGUGGUCGCCCACGACUUCCCUAAAGCAGCACAGACUCUGCCUUGCAUGGGCCAGGCGGCGGGUAUGGGGCUCAGCACCACGGGCAUGUAGACAGGCGCCACCCUUCCCCCACUGAACCCCCCCCCCCAUUCACUGCCACGCAGUAGGAACGAUGAGACACGCAGAGAGAGAGAGAGAGAGAAGCAACGCAUUGCGACACCUUCACUGCACUUCAACCAAAAUGGACUUUACUGACUACACACUCUGGACUCUUGGAAACGAGAGCGCAGGAGGGGCAGAAUCUUUUUUCUAAUAAAUCAUUUGGUCUUUUUUUUUAAAGCCAAUCUGGUGCAAUAAGGAUCCUGAGUGGGGGGUUUUGUAUGAAGCAUUUGGUCGGACUGCACAGAGCAGGGACUCUUCCCCCAGUCUAAGGACAGUAACACUUGCACUAUGCCAUUCAUUUCAUUUGGUCUUAUUUUGUUUUUCUGUACUGCUGAUGUGUGGAUAAACCCUUUGUUCUGUCUGUUGUAGUAUGCCUCUUGUGUAUAUUUCGUCUGCAUAGCUACAUGGAAGGGAUCAUAAACCCAAACCUUAAACUGUCCUCUCACCCACAGUAAACAGUGCUACACUUCCAUCAGUGUGAGUUCGAUGUAUAAGGUGCGCUGGUUCUUGUUAGGACAGGAUGCAGCAUCGAGGUGUUUCAGUUCUAUUUACAGGAUGUCAAAAGGUCUUCCUCCCUCAUUAAACGUGUUUGCUCAAACCUCUGCCAAUGCAUCCCGAUAAGAUUGUUCUCUAAGAAAAAGGAGCUGAUAUCUCUGGUUCUGUCUUCCUCUGCCCUGCUGAAUUUGAUGAAUCACCUGCUCCCAGUCUCUGAGCAAUGAUUAGAUCUGAGACACACAGUGAGAGAGUGGGAGAGAGAGCCAGAGACAGUUAAAACAAAAGACAUUGCAGGAAUGCUGUAUAUAUAUUAAGAGUGUUUGAGUCUGGAUGCCCGAGCCUUCUUUUCCCAUCAUGGUUUCAUCCAACAUUGUCUUCCAUUUGCUGCCAGCAUCUCCUCACGUGUGAGUUUAUGUGUGUGUUCUUCCCACGGUGAGCUGUAAGCGAGAUGUCAUCUGCAGGAGUAGCCCAUCCUUCUCGUUAUUGAGAAAACGCGUUUAUUGGAUAUUAUACACUAUAUAUGGCCAUACACUGGAGACUUCACAGUCUGAUGAAAGCCAUGAAGAAAGUAAAACAAGCUGGUGUUAUAACACUGCUGUUGCAAUAUUGUGAAAACACACUGGGAAAUAUUCCCCAUUAGGAACACCAGUCGGUUGUUGGUUGACAUUAACUUGAUGAUUUAAUGUGCUGCUUCUAACAGUGGAUUUGGGGGGUGGGGGGUGCAGGGGUCCUGUUACCCUUCUUAUUAGUCUCACUGCUGUCACAUUUACAGUCACAUUUCAUGUGCUGUAAAAAAAUUAAGUUGAAAACAAACACACAGGCCAAUAACAAUGUAUCUGCUGUUGUGAGGUGCAGUGGUGCACCUAAAACCAUAUGCUAGUUCUCACUCAAGCAGUCUGUGGGUGGUAGUAACCUAACAGUCCAUAAACUUGGGUCAGUAGGGUCAUGUAUUUGAUGAUGAGAAAGUCCUGCUAUCCUGUUUGCUGAGGUAAACGACAUAAGGCUGAAACAGGCUGAUUCCAUCAGAGCUGUACUCUUAAACAGAUCUGUCUAUAGUACCUGACAUCGAGUGACCACAAUGUCAUUGUAAAGCACAAAAAUAUGUUUUGCACAAGAGCAAUUGUCACAUUACCCCUUCAGCGAGGUGCCUGCUCUGUGUCAAGUUGCCACACCUAUGGGGCCAAAGCUUCAGCUUUCUUCUGUAUGUUUUCUCUAAUAAACUAUGGCAUAGCACAGUGGGGCUGAGUGAAAACACCUACUACUGUUUUUUUAUAUACCUGAAUUGAUUUGUAAAAAAUUAAAGAAUUAAUUAAAAAAAAAAAGAUUGAUCUUAAUAUGAUGUAGUGUGUACAUGCUGAAAUACUGAUGCUUUAUUGUUUUACAUUUGCUAGAUUAUUAAUUUAGUAUAAUUUCAUUUGUUUUUGAUCUUGUAAUUGGUGGUAUUUUGUCCUAUAUAUUGUUUUUUUUUGGACAGUAAUUUUCCUUUCAGAACUGUCUGUUCCUUUUUAUUCACAUCAGUCUUAAAAAAAAAAAAACUUUCAGAAAAAGGGCAGGAAGACAUGACUUGAAUUCUGAAACUGAUGAAAAGAAAAUAUGUUGAAAAGGAUUGCUCAGAAAUAAA